CAUAUAGUGAAUAUGAUUCAAGAGAGACAGCGGUUGCCGUCGGGACCGGUAGGCCUACCAGUGGUCGGGUAUUCGCCAUUUCUGGGCCAACACCCGCACAAAGCCAUCACUAAAUUGGGUGAUAAAUACGGAUCGGUUUUCACGUUACAAUUGGGAGUAAAUAAUGUGGUGGUUCUUAACGAUUGGGAGUCAGUGAGGGAUGCCUUCAAUAAGGAUGCCUUCUUAGGCAAACCACUUCACUCAGCGUUUACUGUGACUACUAAAGCUAAAAGUUUAGCCGAUGAAAAUGGAGACGUAUGGAGAGAUCAACGGAGGUCUGCCCUACAAGUGCUCCGAGACUUAGGCUUCGGGAAGGGCUCUAUGGAGGAGAGGAUUAUCGAUGAAAUCAGUUAUCUCACGAAGUGUAUCGAUGAGACUACUGGUGAGCCCAUGGAUAUACACGAAGUACUGAUACCGAGUAUGUCCAACAAUAUCAGUCACCUGGUGUUUGGCCACCGAUUGGAUUACAAUGAGCCCCGAAGAAAGAUCUUUGACAAACUCUUAGACGAGGCCUCAUCCAGGUUCUCCAUUAUAGGAAUGAUAGCCAUGUCGCCCGUUUGGUUCAGCAAAAUAUUUUUUAAGCUUGGUAAUAUAGUCAAUAGGAGUGGUUUCGAUGCGAUGGUUAGCAUAUUUGAAUCGGAAAUCUCUUCGCACCGGAAGUCUUUGGACACCAAUAAUAAGAGGGAUUAUAUCGACGGAUACUUAGCGGAGAUGGAAGUGAGACAACGAAAGGAUCCCAACACUCACUUCACCCGUCAGCGUUUACUGUGA